UCUGCUCAGUCUUAUUAGACACUUCCAAGUGAACAGGUGAGAAUAAUGAAGCUCUGCGAACUUUUCAGCUGCUGUCUACCGGUCCAAAAGAAGAAGCACAGGAAUGAGAGGGUUGACACCAGCAACAAGAAGAAAAGAAAGGAGGCUAAGCACUUCAAGAAGGAGAUGGCAGACAGGAGGAGAAAGGAGACUCUUGAGAUGGACAUCUCCAAGGUGCAGAGUGUGGAGACUGUAGUAGUGUCUCUGGAUGAGGUGAAGAAUGGGCCUGCAGAGAGACUUGAAGGUGAAUAUGCAGUGAUCGCUAUCCACCAUGCUGAGAUGGCUAAUGCUAGGCCUGUGUCUCGCCCAAGAGCUGAGAAAGAGAACAUCAGUGAGCCUAAUCAAGAGACCAGCAAAGAGGACUGCACCCUGAACGAGUCAUCUGUUGACCAAGGGACACCUCAGCUGGGUAAGGGGGCCGGUAGUAGCCCAUCUCCGCUGCAUGUUGAUGGAGAUGGUCAUCGGGAGUUCAGCAAAGAGGACUGCAUCCUGAUUGAAUCAUCUGUUGACCACGGGACACCUCAGCUGGACGAGGGGGGCGGUAGGAGUCCAUCUCCGCUGCAUGUUGAUGGAGAUGGUCAUCGAGAGUUCAGCAAAGAGGACUGCAACACAAAAAAGUCAUCUGUUGACUACGGGACACCUCAGCUGGACGAGGGGGAUGGUAAGAACCCAACCCCACUGCAUGGUGGUGGAGACGGAGCAGGACCUGUGCCUCGUCUGAAACUGGACUGGCACAAAUACCAGCUUACAGUCGGGAAGCCCACAGCACAGGCUGGUGCAUGGCGCACCGCUGACACCCCUGAGGAGAAAGAUGUGAUGGAGGAAGAGAGGGUGAAAAUCCUGCAUGGAUUUUUUGAGAGGAGGGGCAUUACUACCCAGAAUACAACCACACAGACCACAUUGACCACUGAGGAAGAGAAGCCCACACCACAGUCUGCUGUGUGGCACACUAAAAUCCCUGAAGAGAGAAACGAAGAGAAGAGGAAAAUUCUGCACGGAUUUGUAAAGAGAAGGGGCCUUACUGCAUGUAGGCCAAGGAGGGAAUUCAAUACACAAUUAAAUGGAUAGAUAGCCUACAUAACAUUGCAGAAACAUUGCAGAAACAUAAGUAUAUAGACUUUUUUGAUCCCGUGAGGGAAAUUUGUGUUUACAAUAAAUACAUUUCAUUUCAUAAGGCAUUUCAUUUUAUAAGGCAUCGUGUUGUUCUUGUCUUAUGCAAUGUUACACUUGAGUUAAGAGACUGUACCAAGCAGACAGCGCCCUCCCCAAUUACUGGCACCCCUUGAGUAAAAAUGUAUAAAUCUCACAAUGAAAACAAU